ACAAACCAUAGAAAACAGCUUCAAAAUGAGAAAGCCUACCGAAGACAACAAAUCAAACAAACAAGGAGACAAUAAAGUAGUGAACAAGCUAAGGAAAGGGCUUUGGUCCCCGGAAGAAGACGAGAAGCUGAUGAAUUACAUGUUAAGGAAUGGACAUGGCUGUUGGAGCGAUAUUGCUCGUAAUGCUUGUCUCCAAAGAUGCGGGAAGAGUUGUAGGCUUCGAUGGAUUAAUUAUCUUCGUCCCGAUCUCAAGAGAGGUGCCUUCUCGUCUCAAGAAGAAGACCUAAUUGUCCAUUUGCACUCCAUAUUAGGCAACAGGUGGUCUCAAAUUGCAGCGCGUCUACCAGGAAGGACAGACAAUGAAAUAAAGAACUUCUGGAAUUCAACAAUAAAGAAGAGACUGAAAGGGAAAAACAAUACUAGUUCCUCCACAACUUCAUCAACAAAUGUUACUCUUAAUACCACUGAUCACCAUGUGUUUUCAGAUCCAAAUGAUUUUGCUGCAAGUUUCUUGCCCAUGCAAGAUCAUGACUUGAUGAUGACAUUGUGCAUGGAAUCUUCGUCUUCUUCUUCGACAACAUCUUUAACCGGAAUGCAGAUCUCUCCUCCCAACAAUUGCGGCUUCAACCCAUUCCCUAAUAUUCUCGAUAAUAGCUAUACAACCAUUAUGGGUACUACUAGCAACAACUCGAAUGCAGGUUUUAUAGAUUAUGAUCCAACGAUGGCUAGGUUAGGUCAAUUUGGUGGAAGUUAUAAUGCAAUUGCUGAGGUAGCUGGAUUGAUGGGGUUAGAGAAUGAACUUGCAAUGGGAUUUAAUCAUGAAACCAAGUACCAAUAUAAAUUAGCCAAUAACAAUUACGAUGCUGUCGUAGGUAAUAGUGAGGAGAAUAUAAAGGAUGAUGACAUUUUAGGGUUUGGGAAUCAUUAUUGGCAAGGGGAAAACUUAAAGAUGGGGGAAUCUUGGGAUUGGGAGGGUUUGUUGGAUAAUGUCUCUUCUAUCCCUUGCCUUGAUUUUCAAGUUGAAUAACUCUCUCCUUCUCAUUCUUCCUCCUUCCAUGAUCGUUCCACCCCCACAAUCGUUCUUAGUCAUAAUCAAAUAUAAAAAUCCUAUCCUAUCUCUUUCUUUUCCACACAUUUUUUCCACUUUUUCUCCAAAUUCCAAUAGAGUUUCAUAAAGUAAUCAUAUUUUCUUGUUUACUUUGAGUUUAGAGACAAAUAAGAAUGAAGAGGCCAAACUUAAUUAGCAAAAGAAAUAUAUAUAGGAGUAGACAAACACACACAAACAAAUCCAAUAAAAAUACCCUCUUUCAUUUUCUUGAUUUUCAAUCCAUUCUUCUUGUCAUCUCUUUCUUUAUAUCUAGAUCUCUUUCUCAUGGGUUCCACUUUAUAUCUAUAUUCUGCAUCUUAAGAAUGAGAAAAGAAAAUGGAAGAGUAGAUGGAAGGGUAGUUUGGUCAUUUUCCAUGGAUCAAGAAUGGGAGUUCUUCAGACCAAGCAAUUAGCCAUGAAGAUGAUGAAAGAAAAGGAUCGAGUAGAGUUCAUGCAGGCUAUCGAAAGAGGAAAGAUUAUUGUUGUUGAAUUAAUGAAGAAUUAUUGUACUAAAGGAAAAUAAUGUUACAGUGGGAGUUGUUACUAGUGGAAGUUGUUAAUACACAUCAAUAAUAAUUAGAUUCUCUAUGUCUCUUUAUCA